AUGAGGCGCUUCAAGCGCUUUCUGCUCUCGACACUGGUUCUCGCUCUUGUCUUGCCCGUUAUUAGUGCCCCCGCAGUUUUCUGGGGGCUCAGCGCAUCUCACUGCCACUACUUAUUUCAUCCUAUUGAGCCAGUGGAGCGCGCUGCACUGGGACAGAGGGAACCCUUGCCGCAGCGCAGCACAGACAAGCGGCCUGAUUCCAACGCAGACCUGCAAACAAGCAUCAACGCAUACCUGGCGCAGCACAACAACACAGAAGGUGUACAGCUCCCCCCCGUUCGAAUUCACUUCAUAGCAGCUUCAAAUCAGACGGACUGGAGUUUCUGUAUGGCUACUGCGUCGUGUGCACUCUCUGGUAUCGAGCUCAGCGUCCUUGGUACUGAGACUACCUACUCUCACGUCUGGCGGUUUGAGCAAUACCUCGACUACCUUGAUCGAGCCGGCUUGCGAGACGAGGACAUCGUGGUCACAUUGGACACAGACGUGGCGUGGACCGGCUCUGACGUGACGCCGUUCUUGCAGAAGUUUGCGCGGUACUCGCCUGCCUCGGAGGCAGCUCUUGAUCUCGCUGCUGUGCGCGCCUGGGAGGAUUAUGGGGAGGAGGUAGGGUCAGCCUUUAUGGCUACGCUGCGCACCAUGCCCGAGCAGCAGUCACGGCCUCUUAUGCAGCUUCCGCCAGUCAUAUUCAACGCAGACGACGAUUGCUUCUAUCAUCAGCCAGCCGACGGCCUAUUCCAAUGUCUUUCCAGUGACUACAUCACAAUGCACCUCAUCGCAGCCGCUCGCAACGGUGCAUCCUUUUUCUCUCACGAAGACGCGGCCCGCGUGUCUGCGGAGAACUGGGAGAACUACAAGAGCAUCUACAGCAGCUUCUUCGCUCAGGGACACGGGGAUCGGCACCUCAACACGUCACUGGAGGCUGCGACAUUUCUGCGAACGCCCGGCGACCUGUUCUUCUACGACGGCGCCCUCUCCGUCGGUCGUAACCCGUCGUUCUACCUCAACGCCGGCAUGCACGUCUCCCGCGCGUGGGCCCUGCGAGAGCUCGCCAGGGGCGUUCUUCGGUUUGCCAAGGAGCGACGGCCUCGCGCGAAGCAGGAGUGGUUUUGUGAUCAGUCAAUCAUCAGCACCCUGCGGUACUACUCACGCAUGUUCGAGGUCAAUGAGGGCCUUUUGUUUGGCACUGGGCACCGCAAAGAUGGCCAACUCGUGCGCGACUACUUUGGACUGCCGGUUGGUCUUAUAGCUGUCGACUCUCUCACAGAGUUCAUGUUUACUUCACAUUUGCGGCGCCGAAAAAAGCUUGGUGAGCUAACUGCCUACUACAUCCGUCAUCGCGAUGACAUGUUUUUCACUGUGCCUGACAGUGAUCUCAUCGCUAAAAGCUCCGGUAUGUUCAUUACGUCCCCACUGUGGGGUCGUGAGGUCCCGCAGCGCUGCAUCAGCGUACCCUUACUUGACGACUCGGUGUCGAUAAGGUGCUCAAGUGCUCUUAGGCGGCGUGUAUUUUCCUCCUUCAUACACUUCGCUGCCGGUAGCAAGCAACGAUACUAUCGGCUGUACCGUGAGUGGUUUGCCUGGUACUUCGCGACUCGGCAUAGUUCCAAAGCCCUGUUGUCUGCCAUGACGGUGCUAGAGAAGUUGAAGCUCGAGCUUUGGUCUAAUGAGACACUUCAGCGUAUCCCCUUUUUUGCGGUGUGUCCCAGUCCGUUUCACAGUCCUUGA